GAGAGAGAGAGAGAACGCAGUAUGGAAAUAAGUUGUAAUAGUUUUUUUGUUUUGUUUUGUUUUUUUUGGUGUCUAAGCUUACCGUUAAUUAAUAUAUGAAAUAUAGCUUUGACACCACGGAUGUUUUGUGUAUGGGGAAACUCGUUGGGACAGGAAUGAUGUCAAGUCAACGAUUGAGGAAUAAAGUGGCGAGUGAUUUGAAACGUGCAGGACCAGUGAAGACGCCGACACGGUUUGCAAUUUUGAAUACACCAAUGGUUAUUUAAUGCGUGGAGAACAAUCCAUAUUGAUUUAAAUUAACGAGACUGAAACCUGAAGUUUUUAUACUGCUGUAUUACUAGCCGGAUAAACCUGGAGUUUUCUGCAUAUUGCUCUAUUAUUGGCGAGACUGAAACCUGGAGUUUUUAUACUGCUGUAUUACUAGCCGGAUAAACCUGGAGUUUUCUGCAUAUUGCUCUAUUAUUGGCGAGACUGAAACCUGGAGUUUUUUUUUUUUUUUUUUUUUUUGUUGCCUACUGGAUUGUUAUGGAGUUGUCCUGCACGUGUAUUUGAGGAGGACGGCUGACAACUGUAGCGGGACUUAAUCAAUAUUAUGGAAGUUCCCUUCGUUUCUCUUUUGGGAAAAUGACUGUUUAGAUCUAUGUCACGUCCUUUCUUACUUUGCUUGACUUUGUUAUAGCCUCCCGGUCAUUAUUUCUAUAAUAGAUAUGGUUUCAGUGAUUGGGAACUAAUUGAGUACUAAAGGUGUCAAGGAAGAAUGCUCUUAAAUGUGUGUUGUGUGGUGUAAAACGAAAAUGAGUGACAGUACUGGUUAUGGAAUAAAUGUUAAUGGGUGUUUAUUUAAAACCCUAUGCUUAAGUUCUCAAGAGUCAGUUGCAAUUUUUAUAUUGUAGGGUCGCGUAGGUAGAAACUUGGUUUUGCUACAAGGUCCGAGUAACGAGUUGUGUUUUAUUGGGAAGUUUAUAUAUACUUUCCUGGCGCCCGAACUUUAUUAGGCCAAUUUCGUUACAACUGUUCUAGCUUUGUUGUUCUCAGUCUUUAAAAUGUAUAUUAACAAUCUAACAGCUUGCAGCUAACAUGCUUAACACUGUGCGUAAUAAUGAUCUACGGAUAAGCUUGAUCAAUUAUGAAGGAGAUUGUUGAAUUAAUUUGAAGCAGUAGCAAUUUUAUAUAUAAUGUAUGUUCCGUUCUAAUAUCCCAUUAUAUAGUCACUUAUAAGUUACGUUGCAGUACUCCACACCAUUCUUCCCAUGGCCUGAACUCAGAAUAAACUGUCCAGCUAACAAGUUAUAAAUUGUUCAUUGGCUAUGAAAGAAGGGGUUCUUGUUAACUUUUCACUUGUAAUCUUACAUGAGCAUCAUCCAGCCUGUUGUGCAAGAAAAGGCUGAUUGUUGUAUGAUAAUGUGGGGGAGGAAUGUAUCCAAAGAAAAGACAAAAACUUAGUAUGUGGUGUAUUGAGGGUUUAGUAAGUUGAAGGUAAAAUAUUAAACUUCAAAGUAUAUUGAAUUUGGUAUUUGACUGCAUUGUGACCACUUUAAAAUCCACAGCCUUCCUUUAUAGUUUGAGUUAAGCGAACAGAGCAAGGCUAUCAUUGUAUUUUAUUUUAUUUUUUCUUAUAAAGCUAUAAAAUAGCAGCUCUGUAAGUGUUUGCUGUAAAAAGGUUGUCAGUAUAACAAAGGGAAUCCUUUUCAGAUGCUGCUUUGAUAAUACACAAUAGCAUCCCCCAAGCAGUUUUCCCUACAUCUAAAAUUUUUGCAAUGAUAAAAAUGGAUUACUGUGAAGGAAUGGUUUGCAGUGUGCAGGUGUAGUGAUGAUGCAGUGCUCCAGAACAAACACACACAAGACAGUUCACAAUUAACAGCUCUUUAUUUUCAGCUGGGUUGCGUGCCAACAACACUUUAAAUAAUAAGCAUGGGCUCUACACAUCAAUGUGUAUUGCGCCAUGCAAAAGGAGGGUUACAGUCCCGAAAUAAUAAAAACACUUUUUAAACACACAAUACACAGACACAGACAUGUCUCCUGACAGUGGGUGCUCUAGUGCAAGUGAAUGGUGAAAGACAAACACAGAGGUAACAGUAGAUCAGUGUAGUCCGGGGUUUGGUGCUGGCGUGCAGCGACAGCUCCCGGUUCGUGUUAGCCGUCUAGCCAAACAAACAAUGACAGUUAGCUGACAAACAAACAAAACACAAAACACUCACAGUACUUUUAAUUCUCCUGUGCAUACGGUCCUUAUAGUUUAACCAUCAAAACUAAGGAACAGAUCACUGGGGCCACUUCCCCUUAAAACCCUCCGUCAUGCCCUCUUUCGGUGGCGCGGCCAAUCACGUCUCCUCCAAUCCGUGACUGACACAUCACCUACCGCAUUAAGGCGCUGACUUCAGGUAUCGUGGCCCCACCCCCUUCCUGAAUGUCCGGCUUCCGACUGACCCUGGAAUGAACUGCAAAAACAUCCAUUCUGGGGCACUCUGUUCUGGUUAUACAGCGCCCUCAGAGAUUGAGAGGGAGAUUGUUGACGAGGAUUCAUUCAUUCUCUGUCACAAUUACCAACCAUUUUUAUUAGUGGGGCUUGCGAAGCAAGAGUCCCCACUUUAAAUCUUCAACGUACUUCUUCUUCUUCUUAUUCUUUGGCACGCUACUCCUCUUACACCGUUUAAGAUAGAAACACCGUUCAAACUUUAAAACGUGUAGACCGGUCUGGAAUAGUGUGCUUGUAUACAACUUUUUGAUAUCUUUUAUACUUUUUAAACUAUUAAGCUUUUUAUCCUUUUUUUGUCUAUCUUCAUUCACUUUAAUGGGACUUUUUUCAACAUUCUAAAGCUCCCCAUUGUUUAAAAACUCCCAGACUUCCAACAUUCUAUUUACUGUAAACGAUGUAACUUUUGACACAAAUCAGCUACUUUGACCACUUUCCCAACAAGUAAGACAAAAAGUUAGAGGGUAUGACAUCUUUCUCUACUUCUCUGCUAUUCAAAUUUGAAAUCAAAACAUAAAUAACUUUUACCAAUCAAGAGGUCCACCUGUUUUAGUAACCGCACCAACUAAAUUUUUCUCUAACUUUUUAUAAACUGCCAUUUUGACCACUUUCCCAACAAGUUAGACAACUACUUAGAGCAAAUGAAAUCUUCCUCUACUUCUCAGCUAUUCAAAUAUGAAAUCAAAACAGGAAUGGCGUCUACCAAUCAAGAGGUACAGCUGUUUUAGUAACCGCAUCAACUUCUUUCAGUAGGCUACAUCCCACUGUUGAAUUAACUGUCAUAGAACUUUGAGAAAUUUCAAAUUCUAGCACAUUCUAAGCAUGAGACAAUUAAUAAACAAUGUGACUUUUGACACAAAUCAGCUACUUUGUCCACUUUCCCAAUAAAGCAAGCCCCACAACUUGUAAAGUUACCAUCUAGUUUGUUUUGUUUUUGUUUUACAGGCAUUAAACAGCCAAGCCAUGCUGUAUUGGUUGCAGCAGCUGCAAAUAAAACGGUGGCAGCACAAUACCAGCCUGGUGAAAAUACCUGCAGAGCCCUCCACUACCUCCACACAGCUCUGCCAGCUGCCUUCUGCACCUUGGGAAGCACCUCCAGCACCGCCUGUACCUCUGACACCCCCAGCACCUACAGUCCUUUCAGCUCCUUCAGUUUCUUCAGUUACAAACGAGUCUGCGCAGGAAGCAAAGACUGGAGGAAAGAGUUCUCCAUCAAGCAGCAUGAACAAGAGGGAGAAGAAAAUGACCAGUUCUCUUCAGCCUUCUGGGGAGAAGGUGUCAGGAAAGGAGGGGAGCCCCGUGGACAAACUAUCCAGACUCCAGCACGAGGUGUUCACGCUCACUGAGGAGCUCAAGUCACAAAAGGAGCUGGUGCGACUCCUUCACAAGGCCCUGGAGGCAGCACAGCAGGAGAAGAGGACCAGCAAACAGUUCCUGUCUGCAGCAGGGGAGCAGGAGCGGCUGGAACUGGUGCGGCACAAAGAGAGGUGUAUCGCGGACCUGGACGGCCGCCUGGAGGCCCUGCUCAAAGACAAGGAGGAGCUGGAGCAGCGGCUGGCCAUGCAGGACUGCCAAGUGAAUGAGCUGCAGCAGCACGUGCAGCUCAUGAUGGAGAAGAACAACGCCAAGCAGGAAGUCAUCCUCAAGCUCUCCGAGCAGGUGGCCGCCUGCAUGGCUGACCCCCAGCGUACCGUAGCCAAUUCCAUGGGCACAGAGACCUUCUGCAGGCUGCAGGAGAAGAUUGAGAACCUCAAGGACGAUAUUGAGGCGCACAAGAUCCAAAACAAGUUCCUCAACUGUGAAAUCUACCAGCUUACUAAGCUGUGGAGGAACAGUUCAGAAGAGAAGGGCCUCCUGAUGAAGUGUGCCUACGUGGAGGCCAAAAACUGCCAGAUUGAGAGCAAGUACCUGGUCGUGCUGCGCAGGCUGCAGGAGAGCAAAGGGCUGGACAGCAGUCAGCAGGAGAUGGUGAAAAGGCUCAUUGAGGACUCACUGCAGGGAGACAAGAAGGAUGGCUUUAAACUCAACCCUGUCAGUGAGUAUGACGACUAUGGAUUCAAGACCAUUCCUGAUUAUGAAGUAGAGGACGUGAAGCUCCUGGCCAAAAUCCAGGCCCUGGAGAUCCUUUCCAACAACCUGCGCAACAAUGAGAUGGUGGACAAGCCUUUGCGGACAAGGUGGGCUAACUACCUGGCCAGCCGUCCCUUGGACCAGCUGGCUCCCUCCCCAGAGCUGAAGGGCCUGAUCCGGUGUGGGAUCCCUGUGGAGUACCGGGAGCAGGUGUGGCGCUGGAUCGUGAGGACACGGACGCAGGUCUCUAGGAAGUGGAAUCCCAAUCGCUACCAGGAGCUGAGGAAGCACUGCGAGGUGUCGGAGCACCUGGCCUCGCGGCAGAUCAGGCUGGACCUGCACCGCACCCUCACCAGCAAUAAGCACUUCUCCUCGCCCACCUCCGACGCAGUCCAAAAGCUGCAGCGCAUUCUGCUAGCCUUCUCCUGGCAAAACCCCACCAUCGGCUACUGCCAGGGCCUCAACAGGUUGGCAGCUAUUGCACUUUUAGUUCUGAAGGGUAAAGAGGAUGCCUUCUGGUGUCUGGUGGCUGUUGUUGAAAUCAUAAUGCCACAAGACUACUACAGCAAAACCCUCACUGCCUCUCAGGCUGAUCAGAGGGUGUUCCGUGACUUUCUUGCUGAGAAGAUGCCUCGCCUGAUGGCCCACUUCAAGGAGCACAGCAUCGAUCAUUCCCUCAUCACCUUCAACUGGUUCCUGGUGGUCUUCGUGGAAAGUCUGGUCAGCGACAUCCUGCUCAGAGCGUGGGAUGCUUUCCUCUAUGAGGGCACAAAGGUGAUAUUUCGCUAUGCACUGGCCCUCUUUAAGUACAAUGAAGAGGACAUUCUAAAAAUUCACGACAAUCUGGAAAUCUACCAAUACCUCCGUUUUUUCACCAAAACGAUCUCUGAUGGCAGGAAACUAAUGACCAUAGUGUUUAAUGAUAUGAACCCCUUCCCUAUGAAGCUGCUGAAGAACAGACGAGAGUUUCACAUGGAGAGGCUGACAGCCGAGCUGCUGGAGCUGGAGAGGAUACAGGAGGAGUUUGUGAAAGAACAACAAGUGGAGUGCAAAGACAAGGACCUGGACACUGCUGUCAACGAAGAUGAAGAAGUAAUACAGACUGCAGUUAGCUUGCAUCACACGUCCUGACGUUAUUGAAAAAUUACACAUCACUGAUACUAUUUAAACUAAUUUGUUUGCCUUAUUAUUCCCUGCUGUGGAAUAUAGUGGGGCUUACAUAUUGUGUAUGUCACACAUACAUCUAACUGUUAUCCUUUGUCUGUUGUUGACUAUAUAGGUAUGUCAGACUUACAUUUUUACAUGUACAGUUCGGCUCUUAUUUUGUAAUGGCGCGCGUAAUGUACCGACAUACUUGUUUUAGAGUCAACAAAUUAAGUUUACCAAACCUGUCAAAAUGCAGAAUAUUAAUGGAAAUAGGUGUGUUGGUAAUACACACACACUACAUCUCAGCAGUGUGGAGUAGUGGUUAGGGCUCCGGACUCUUGACCGGAGGGUCAUGGGUUCAAUCCCCGGUGGGGACACUGCUGCUGUACCCUUGAGCAAGGUACUUUACCUAGAUUGCUCCAGUAAAAAUCCAACUGUAUAAAUGGGUAAUUGUAUGUAAAAAUAAUGUGAUAUCUUGUAAGUCGCCCUGGAUAAGGGCGUCUGCUAAGAAAGAAAUUAUUAUUAUUAUUAUCUCUGAAUGCUUGACUUCAAAUCCAGUUUAAGUCACACAUGAAAGGAGUAUGGUGGUCCUAAGCCCUCGGCUUCCACAUCACAAAACCAACACACAGUGCAGCACAAUUGGCACAAAGGAUAAACCUGUUUCUUAUCUCAUAAAACAGCCUUUUACUAUAAUUAUCAUCUGUCAGUCUCUGAAUUUCUUCAAUCAGCAGUUCCAUUCCACUCAGAUCAGUUCAGUAAAUUAAUUAUUUUGUAGUUUCCCAAGAAAACAAAAACUCAUUGGAGAUCUUGAAAAUUAAUGUCUUGAAAUGUGAUUAAUUUAGGCCAGGCUAAUCUGAACAAGUACAGAGAUUCCAGUUACUUUUCAGACCGGCAACCAGGUUCCAGAUUUUCUAAACGAGACUAUCUCUGAAAUAAACUUAUUUUUUAUGCA